GGCCGGGACUGAGGGCACGGCUCCAGCCAUGGAGGGACCAUGGUGGCUGAGGGGCCGCUCGGCGCUCGUCCCCUGGUGCCGCUGCCCGGCGAGGGGCUCGGAGGGGACCGGCCGCAGGCCGGGAGCGCUGGAGGCGAGGAGCCAGGCGGGGCCGGGGGUGCCUGAGGCCGCUCUGUUUGUGUCUUGCAGGCUCGCAACGCGGAGAAGGCCAUGUGAGUGCGGCGGGGGCACCGCUGAGCCCGGGCUCACCUCAGCUGAGGCUGCUGCCGGAGCUGGUCUCACACAUCCGUGGCUGCUGGCCCUGACUGUACCUGACCUCACACACCUGUGCCUGCUGGCCCAUAGAACACACAUCUGUACUGGCUGGCCCACAGAACUCGCUGUUCAGCCUCUUUUAAAGGACCAACAGUUUAAUGAUAUUUUGGGGACGGCCUUGGCAAGAUUUCGGCAAGCCCAGCUUGAGGAAGGAAAAGUCAAGGAGCGAAGGCCCUUCCUUGCAUCAGAGUGUAAUGAGCUACCCAAAGCUGAGAAAUGGAGGAGACAGAUCAUUGGGGAGAUUUCCAAGAAAGUGGCACAGAUCCAAAAUGCUGGAUUGGGUGAAUUCAGAAUUCGGGACCUGAAUGAUGAAAUAAACAAACUUCUGAGGGAGAAAGGACACUGGGAAUACCGAAUAAAGGAGCUGGGAGGCCCAGAUUAUGCUAGGAUUGGCCCGAAAAUGUUAGAUCAUGAAGGGAAAGAGGUUCCAGGAAACAGAGGCUACAAAUACUUUGGAGCUGCAAAGGAUUUGCCAGGAGUUAGAGAGCUUUUUGAAAAGGAACCCCUGCCACCCCCACGGAAGACUCGGGCUGAGCUUAUGAAGGACAUCGAUGCCGAGUACUAUGGCUACAGGGAUGAAGAUGAUGGGAUUCUGGAGCCCCUGGAGCAGGAGCAUGAGAAGAAAGUUAUAGCAGAAGCAGUGGAAAAAUGGAAGAUGGAGAGAGAAGCACGACUUGCAAGAGGCGAGGAGGAAGAGGAAGAAAACAUCUAUGCUGUCCACGAGGAAGAGUCUGAUGAGGAAGGUGGCAAGGAGAGAGAAGGUGAAGACGGCCAACAGAAAUUUAUUGCACAUGUUCCAGUGCCAACUCAACAGGAGAUUGAGGAAGCUCUUGUACGAAGAAAGAAGAUGGAGCUGCUCCAGAAGUACGCCAGUGAAACCCUCCUGGCACAGAGCGAGGAGGCAAAGACACUGCUAGGAUUGUAACAGGCACCAGUGUCCUGGUUUGUGUGUAAUCCCUCUGAAAGCAGCAGGUUCCUAAGUUCUGGUAGCAAUGGCUUUUAGCUCUGGAAGUUCCUUCGGAUGUGGAGCAGACUGCUGGAAUUAGUGUGGUGUGCAGGAGAACCAUCAUUCUGAUUUCUCCACUAGGAGGACUUGUGCUCCAGCGCUGGAAAGGGCCAAACCUUGGUGAACUUGUCUGUGCAUCUGACAGCUGUCUUCAAUGCUUUCCGUUUGGGAAAGGCUCUGUGCAGUGGGGCCUCCUACAGAUAGAACCACACGCAGUGAGCUCCUAAAUCCCUGGUGUUCCUGCCAUCCUGUCUGCUCUGUCCUGACUGUAGGUGUGCACAUCUUCUCAUGCUGGGUAUUGUUGAGCUGAGAAGUAACUCACACUAUUACACCUGCUUAGUUUACCAGAAUAAUCUGGAACCUGUCUAGAGGUGCCUUGAAGGCAGAUCUUAGGAGUGACUUUGGAGAUUUGAUUCUUUGUAAAACACAUGCAACGUCUAAAACCUGUUACCUUUUUUGUGGUUUGUAACUGUGCCCGGAUGAAUUGCUUAAAUGCUGGAUAUUCCAGCAGCUACUGUAAAAAACUUUGCAAUACCUUGUUCAAAUAUUUUUAUUAAAACUUAUUUACAA